GGGACCCGGAUGCGGCCCCGCCUCCCCGCCGCGGAACCGGAAGCGGAGCCGGGCGCCGGGAGCAGCGGGCGCGGCGGGGUCGGGACCGAGCGGGCCCGGACGGACCCCAGGCGGCGACGGAAUCGCUCCAGAUGCCUGGGAUUUCCUCAUCGGAUCACCGCGUUUCAGACAGGGACCUGUGAGCAGCCUUUCACCUUGGGGCGGGAAGAAAGGUCUGUGCCUUGUCGCCAUUGUGUCCUCUCCCCUGGGGCCACCGGGAUGUGGAAAGCUUCGGCGGGCCACGCCGUGACCAUCCCCCAGGACGACGGGGGCGCCGAUGACUGGGAGACCGACCCCGAUUUUGUGAACGACGUGAGUGAGAAGGAGCAGAGAUGGGGGGCCAAGACCGUGCAAGGGUCUGGGCACCAGGAGCACAUCAACAUACACAAGUUGAGAGAGAAUGUUUUUCAAGAACACCAGAGCCUGAAGGAGAAGGAGCUUGAAACGGGACCAAAAGCCUCUCACGGUUACGGCGGGAAGUUCGGCGUGGAGCAGGACCGCAUGGACAAGUCAGCCGUCGGCCACGAGUAUCAGUCGAAGCUCUCCAAGCACUGCUCCCAGGUCGACUCCGUCCGGGGCUUUGGAGGCAAGUUUGGUGUCCAGGUGGACAGAGUUGACCAGUCUGCUGUGGGCUUUGAAUACCAGGGGAAAACUGAGAAACACGCCUCGCAGAAAGAUUACUCGAGUGGCUUCGGUGGCAAGUAUGGUGUGCAGGCGGACCGCGUGGACAAGAGCGCCGUGGGCUUCGACUACCAGGGCAAGACGGAGAAGCACGAGUCGCAGAAAGAUUACUCCAAGGGCUUCGGGGGCAAGUUUGGCAUCGACAAGGACAAGGUGGAUAGAAGCGCCGUGGGCUUCGAGUACCAAGGCAAGACGGAGAAGCACGAAUCCCAGAAAGACUAUGUGAAAGGGUUUGGAGGAAAGUUUGGCGUGCAGACGGACAGACAAGACAAAUGUGCUCUUGGCUGGGAUCACCAGGAGAAACUGCAGCUGCACGAGUCCCAGAAAGAUUACAAGGCUGGUUUCGGAGGCACAUUGGGUGUUCAGUCCGAGAGGCAGGACUCCUGUGCUGUGGGGCUUGAGUACAAGGAGAGACUGGCCAAGCACGAGUCCCAGCAAGACUAUUCCAAAGGAUUCGGCGGAAAAUACGGGGUGCAGAAGGACCGGAUGGAUAAGAAUGCUUCCACCUUCGAGGAUGUCACCCAGGGGGCCCCUGCUUAUCAGAAGACCAUCCCCGUCGAGGCAGCAAACAGCAGAACCAGCAACAUUAGAGCGAACUUUGAAAACCUGGCGAAGGAGAAGGAGCAGGAGGACAGGCGGAAGGCGGAAGCGGAGAGGGCGCAGAGGAUGGCCAAGGAGAGACGGGAGCAGGAAGAGGCCCGGAGGCAGCUACACGAGCAAGCCCAAGCCCAAGCCCAGAAGCAAACCCCCCCCACGUCUCCCACCCCUCAGCCGGCUGAGGAGAGGCCGCCCUCAAGCCCCGUCUAUGAGGACGCGGUUUCGUUCAAGGCUGAGCCGCAGCCCACGUACAGCGUGGAGGCCGCCGACUACCGAGAGGCUGGUGGCCAGCAGGGCCUGGCCUACGCCCCGGACGCCGUCUACGAGGCCGCGGAGGCCCCGGGCCACUAUCAAGCAGAGGAGAACACCUACGACGAAUACGAAAACGACCUUGGGAUCACGGCUGUCGCCCUCUACGACUACCAGGCUGCGGGUGACGACGAGAUCUCCUUCGACCCCGACGACAUCAUCACCAACAUAGAGAUGAUCGAUGACGGCUGGUGGCGGGGGCUCUGUAAGGGCAGGUACGGGCUCUUCCCGGCCAACUACGUGGAGCUGCGGCAGUAGGCCCGCCGGCCCCGCGCCACGCGUCACUCCCGCCGUCCGUGGGUUUCCGGGGCCGGGAGGGCCGUGGACGUGCGCUUUUAUAUUUAAUACUUCUGCUGAUGCUUUUGGAAAUGUUUAUGCCACAGAAUUUGCUAAUAUAUUGUAAUCACGUUCCUUAGGAGGACUUUGGUCAUUGAUUUUACGCAUUCGAGGUAUUUUCUUUCUUUUUCUUUUCCUUUUUUUUUUUUUUUUUUUUUUGCCAAAUCGUCACAUGGAGCCAUUUGGGGGACCGUUAGUUCUCCUGAGGGCGUGGUAUUGUCCUCGCCCCUCGACGGCGGCGUUCGGGGCCCCUGACGGACGUGGUCGUGUGGGUGUCGGGUGGGGCUUGCCGUCCCAGGAGGAGGGAGGCCUGACGGGAGGUCAGGACCAAGGGGAGGGUAGAGGGCGGUGGCUGUGUCUCCAGAUGGGAGCACCCUGUGCUGGGAGGCCCCGGGACUUGUUCCCCAGGCCCAGUCCCCUUCCCGCCUCCCUCCCCCGACUGCCGCCACCCGCCAAGCAGUGUCCCCAGUGUGUUACCGGAGGGCCUCCCCUGGCCGCACGCGGCUCUGCGUCUGUUGCGUGAGAAAACGGCCCCCACUGCGGGCAGGCAGGUGCCUUCUCUGCCGGAAACUGCCAGAAACGUUCUUCCUGUCGAGGCACCCCUGCGCUUUGUGCCAAAAUACCGUGUCAGGACGGUAGGAUGGGAUGGCGGACUCGGCUAAGAGGUGGAGCGGAGAGGGCCUCCUCCUGGCCAGGAUGUCCCCCGUGGGUGCUGCACGGGGGGCCGCUGCCCUCCUGGGGGCCUGGCGGCCGGGUCAGCGCCUGCCGCGGUCACAGUGGUGUCUUCCCGGGUCUGUGGGGGGCGGUCUCCGGAGUUCGAGACGUUGGCAUCCGUUUCCUGGAGUGCAUUUCUGCAUAGUCCUCGCUUUACCACAGUUAGGUUGGGUUUUAUAUGCAAUUAUUGUAUCUAAGUUUCUGUAGCACACGUCCUAGGUAUGGUUUUUUUUUUUUUUAAUUAAAUAUUCAAAAUAAACUUUUUUUGAUCCA